AUGCCUGGGAGCCUGUUUCAGCCGCUCUGUGAUCAAAGAACUCAAUCAAAAAGAAAUCGUCGGUAUUAUGAGCGACAUCCAACCGCGACAGAACGAAAACAAUUAUCAGCAUUAGAAUCAAUUGAAAGAAAUGCAACCGAAGAAGAAGACUUCAAAGAAAAUGAAACACAGCAACAUUCAAACGAACAACAGAAUAACAAUAAUCCAAAACACGAAGAACGACAAUAA